GAGUAGAGAGUAGAGGAGAGAGCGGACAGCGCAGGCGCAGAGAAGAGCAGAGCACAGCAGAAGAGCAGCGGAGAGAGAGAACGAAGGCACGAGCACGAGGAGGAGCAAGAACGAAUCGUCGAGCGAGGGGCGAGCUGAAGCUUUCGUUUCUCCGAUUCUCCCGAGGAGACAGUUUUGAGGGACUUCCGAAUGGCUCCGCGGUGCCGGCGAUACUCUUUGCCGCUGCGUCGAUCUUCGACGGGAUCCGCACCUCGGAGAUUGGCGUCUCCGGUGGUGGAUUCGGCUUCGAUUUGUGGUGCGGGAUCGGGUGUCGCCGCCGCGGAGGGAUCGGGUUCCAGGGGUUUGCACUCGGGCGUCGCGUGGUAUGCCGGGAUCAGGGGGCAGCUGUAUGAGGGCAAGGGUAGGGGCAAGGACGGGAGCAAGCAGGUCUCGGAGAGCUACAAAUGGAGCAGCGGAAUGAGUUUGGGAGGCGUGCGCCACGCGCGUACUGCUUCCGUGGCUGCUGUGGGUGCCAAGUUCACGGCCAACCCCGAGGACUGCAUUGAAGUCAGCGUGGAUGGCUCUAACGUGACCAUUGCCAAGGGAAUGACUGUCCUGCAAGCUUGCGAGGUUGCUGGGAUUGAUAUUCCCAGAUUUUGCUACCACCCUAGGCUUUCGAUUGCUGGGAAUUGUCGUAUGUGUCUCGUGGAGGUCGAGAAGACGCCCAAGCCAGUCGCUUCCUGUGCUUUGCCUGCCAUGCCAGGUAUGAAAAUCAAAACCAACACUCCUCUUGUGAAGAAAGCCAGGGAGGGCGUUAUGGAGUUUCUGCUUAUCAAUCAUCCCCUAGACUGCCCAAUUUGCGACCAGGGUGGUGAGUGCGAUUUACAAGACCAAUCUAUGGUGUAUGGAUCUGACCGUGGAAGGUUCAUCGAGGCAAAGCGUGGUGUUGUAGACAAGAAUUUGGGACCUUUGGUGAAAACGGUUAUGACCCGAUGUAUUCAGUGCACAAGGUGUGUUAGAUUUGCUUCAGAGAUUGCUGGAGUUCAAGAUUUGGGUGUUCUUGGUCGUGGAGGUGCUGAGGAAAUCGGAACAUACGUUGAGAAGCUUAUGGUCAGCGAGCUAUCGGGCAAUGUCAUCGACGUUUGCCCAGUUGGGGCCUUGACAGCUAAACCGUCGGCCUUCACUGCAAGGAGUUGGGAGCUGAAGAGCACUGAGAGUAUUGAUGUGUCGGAUGCUGUUGGAGCCAACAUACGUAUCGACAGCCGUGGACCAGAAGUGAUGCGUAUCCUCCCACGUCUGAAUGAGGAAGUCAAUGAGGAAUGGAUCUCAGACAAGGCAAGAUUUUCGUAUGAUGGUUUGAAGCGUCAGAGGUUGAAUGAGCCUAUGAUUCGGAAUUCAGAGGGUCAACUGGAGCCAGUAUCGUGGGCUAAAGCUCUCAAAACUGUUGCCGAAGCUGCCCAUAAGGUGAACCCGGCGGAGAUGGCUGCGAUUGCUGGAAAGCUAUCUGAUGCAGAGUCCAUGAUGGCUCUGAAGGACUUGAUGAACAGAUUAGGAUGCGAAAGGCUGUGGGUUGAAGGAAAUGGGGAGAACGCCGAUGCCGAUUUACGUUCAAACUAUCUUGUGAAUACGACGAUUGCAGGUCUUGAGUACACAGACGCUUGCCUUCUGGUCGGUACAGAGCUUCGACACGAGGCACCCUUGCUCAAUCAUAGGCUGAGGAAGGCUGUGAGAAACUCAAGGGCGAAGGUAGCGUCCAUCGGUCCUGAGUUGGAUCUUCACUUCAAGUGUGAGCAUCUGGGCAAUAGUUCCGAUGCCCUGCUCUCCAUCGCACAGGGCAAACAUCCUUUCGCUCAAGUUCUGAGCAAGGCAAAGUUUCCCAGUAUCAUUGUCGGUUCUGGGGUUUUGCAGCGCAGCGAUAAAGAUGCUGUGUUGGCUGCUGUACAGUCUAUCGUACAGCAAGCCAAUAUGAUCAGAGACGACUGGAAUGGUUACAACUUCUUGCUUCUCAAUGCUGCCCAAGCAGCGGGGCUUGAUCUUGGCUUCGUACCAGGCGCCAGAGCUCCUGUCGGGGAUAAGAGUAGCAUCAAGUUUCUCUAUCUGAUGGGCGCUGAUGACUUGACACCAGAGGACAUUCCGGCAGAUGCAUUCGUCGUGUACCAAGGACAUCAUGGAGACCGCAGUGCCUACCGAGCUAAUGUGAUCCUUCCGGGAGUUGCGUACAGCGAGAAGGAGGGAACCUACGAAAACACUGAAGGUCGCACCCAGCAAACGAGUCCUGCGGUUCCUACCGUCGGGGAUGCCCGAGAUGACUGGAAAAUCGUUCGCGCUCUUUCGGAGUUUGCUGGUGUCACCCUACCGUACGACACGGUGAAUGGAGUUCGAGCCCGCAUGCUCGCUGUUGCCCCUAAUCUAUUCCGUGUCGAUGAGCUGGAGCCUGCCACACCUUUGCCGAAGGAGAGCCUACCUGAGUCGAAGACGAAAUUGGAGUCAUUGCCUUUCAAGAAGGUUGUCGACAACUUCUACAUGACGGAUGCUAUUUCUCGGGCGUCGAAGACCAUGGCUCAAUGCACAGCCGCUUUCAGUAGUUCGUAAGCAAUAGGCAAAGCCUGCUUCUGUUUUAGGGUCUAUAUUCGUUGGAUUAAUUUUGCUGGCAAUAAUCUCAUGAAGCUUUCGCCUUCAUCAGGUAAACGGAUCUUGUAAAGUCAAAAUUGGAGUUCUGUAUACUGAUUAUGUAGUUGCCAGUGUUGUAGCUGGCUUUACAUUUCCUUCAUUAAAAGGUGGAAACAAUUGUACACACCGCGAUUUCAUCUUUCUCCUUCAAGUUUCUGUCAAAUCUUCACUAGUUUCCAUCAACCCUAGUUUUGGAUUAGGACUGAACGGUUGCAGAGACGGAAGGCUCUAGUUUCAUAUUUACCCUGAAGUGUAGUAGCAUGAUUUAUAAACACCGACGCUGUCUUUCUUCGCAGGGACAAGUUUUAUCACGGUUGAGAUAGUUUAGUCAUACAGUUCACAACGGAUUUGAAGUGUAGUGAUUUAAAUUCGGUUUCAUCACGGAUAGACCCAAAGUCUACGUUUUGAAAUAAUACAUUCGUGAAAAAUGUCUUUGCCUCGAUUCGUCUUGAG